CCUGAGUUUUUGGGCGCUGCCGACCCCAUUAAUGCAUAUCUGAACUUUUAGCGAUGCUCUACAUACUGCUCAUGAUGCUCUCGAUCAGCAGAACUGCAACACUCGGUGCGAGGAGGCUGCUGCGAGCCAAGACAGGUGCACUGCGAGCAGCAGCACUUCACGCGGCCCCAGACGACGCGUCCAGCAUCUACGCCAUCCCGGAACGCGACGUCGACGAGGCGGCCGUCCAUCAACUCGUAGAAAGGCACGUCGCGCAGCACGCGACGUACCUUAACAAAAGACCAAUCGCGGCGCACACACGAGCAGCGUUCCAAACGGCAGCAGAGUUCGCCAGAAGCCGAGCCGCGCCUCUCAUCAUCGACGCGGGCUGCGGCACGGGCCGCAGCACGCUGAAGCUCUCCGCGCGCCACCCGGACAGAACCGUGAUCGGGGUCGACCGCUCGGAGGCGCGCCUUUCAAAAUCAAACGACGCGCCGGACAACGCAUUGCUGCUCCGGGCGGAACUGGGCGACUUCUGGCGCCUCCUGAACGAUUCAAACGAUCUGAGGGUGGAGGAGACGUAUCUGUUGUACCCCAACCCGUACCCGAAAGAUAAACACUUGAAAAUGCGCUUCCAGGGCCACGCGAGCCUGCCUUCUCUGUUACAAGCCUGCGGUCACAAAUUGACGGUGCGCGCGUCGUGGCGGACGUACCUCGAGGAGUUCCGCCUCGCUUGUCGCAGGGCGGGUGAGCUGGGUAUCAGGCCAGACCUCGUAUCGAAAGGACCCUACGAACUGUCUGAUUUGCAUGAUCCGCUGACGCUUUUUGAGAGGAAGUAUGCAAAGGCGGGCGUCCCGGUUUAUGAGCUCGUGCUCGACAGCGACCGGUGAGUUGCUCCCCGCCAUCGACGCUAUCUCAUGUGAUGUGACUGCGACUUCUGCGAGUACCGCGUUCCAAACAACGGGACCAGGAUGCAGCGAUUAAUAACAAUAUACUUGUG